AUGACGAGCGUCGGUAAUCCCUACAAGGAAGACAUCGAUUUUGCAGCCCUGGCGAUACAGGACGCAGAUUUUGCUAGAGUUCUGAAGCCAAACGGGCAGCUUGAUUUCAGUAAUCCUGAAUCUGUUCAGCAACUCACCAAAUCAUUACUCAGAAGAGAUUUUAAACUCAAAAUCGAGCUCCCUCCUGACCGGCUCUGCCCACCAGUCCCGAAUCGUCUGAACUACUUGCUAUGGAUCCAAAGCCUCUUGGACACGACCAGUGAUGCAUACACCGACACCUAUGAUCCCCAAAGACAGGUUCUUGGUCUUGACAUUGGGACCGGGGCGAGUUGCAUAUAUCCCCUUUUAGGUUGUGCACAGCGACCGAAAUGGAGAUUUGCUGGAACUGACAUCGACGACAAGAGUCUACAAUUUGCGAAGCAAAAUGUGGAUGCAAAUGCAUUUCAGAAUCGGGUCAAGCUUCUCAAAACCCGGCCUGACGGUCCAUUAUUGCCCCUUGAUACUAUGGAAUUUGAGAACAUCGACUUCAGCAUGUGCAAUCCACCAUUCUACGAGUCCAAAGCCGAUAUGCUGACCUCGGCAACGGCGAAGCAAAGACCAGCGUUCACUGCCUGCACGGGUUCAGAGACCGAGAUGGUCACGCCCGGAGGAGAAGUUGCCUUUGUUUCAAGAAUGAUAGAUGAGAGUCUGGUUCUCCAAGAUAGAGUUCAAUGGUAUACCUCUAUGCUAGGGAAACUAUCAAGUGUGGCUACCCUGGUACAGAAACUGAGAGACAAGGGCGUCGGGAAUUACGCCGUCACGGAGUUUGUCCAGGGUAGUAAGACCAGGCGGUGGGGAAUUGCCUGGAGCUUUGAGGAUUUGAGACCUAAGAUGAGCGUUGCGAGGGGAUUAAACAGUCUGCCGAAAGCAUUGCUGCCAUUCCCAUCGGAAUAUGUGAUAAUGCUGGAUGGAGCGGACAUCACGAAAGUUGGUCGGCAUCUGAAUGACGCACUGUCUCAACUCCCUUUGAAGUGGAUGUGGAAACCCAACAUCUCUACGGGAGUUGGUUUCAGCGAGAAGGCUGUAUGGUCCCGUGCCGCCCGAAGGCAAGCUGGACGGGCCGAAGAUACGGGUAUCGAUGAAGAUGAAGAUAUGGCUCUAGGCUUUAAGAUCCAGGUAGAAGAAGUAGGGGAGGCUGGUGUCAAAGUCACUGUUAGAUGGCUAAAAGGCCAUGAUAGCGUGCUGUUUGAAAGCUUCUGUGGGAUGAUAAAGAGGAGAUCAGAGGAAUCAAUGAAAUAA